AAUUAGUUCUUGAACUAGCUCCAUACUCUUAUCACAAGUAAGAGGUCAGAAAUGUUCUUGUUUCUGAUUAAUUUCGUUCUCUUCUUUGCUAACGUGGUAGCGGUCUUUUCGGCCUCAUUGCCUCAAGAUGCUGUUCAUCUACUCGGGUUUCGGAGCAGUCUUCCAGAGCCCUCACAACAAUUACUCCCUUGGUAUCAGUCUGUUUCACACUGCCAAUGGAAGGGUGUUUCCUGCUAUUCAGACAGAAAUUCUCAUGUCGAAUCAUUGAAUGUCAGUGACUUCCUUCUAUCUGGAACCUUGGAGAAGGCCUUUCCCAAUUUUUGCCGUCUUCCUCACUUGGUCUUCCUUGAUCUCAGUGGCAACCAUUUCACUGGUGGCAUCCCCGUUAUGCUUGCUAACUGCAGCCAACUUGAGACAAUUCUCCUCAACGACAACAGAUUUUCAGGAUUCAUCCCACCAGAGAUUUUCAAAUCAAGCAAGCUUUUAAAACUUGAUUUGGGUUACAAUCAGCUCAAUGGCACCAUUCCUUCUGAGGUAGGCCUUUCUACAAACCUUCAAUUUCUCGGAUUGUGGGACAACUCCCUUAGUGGAAACAUUCCAAAAGAGCUAUUCGAUUUGCCAAACUUGACACAUCUCGAACUCCACACGAACGAUCUGACAGGACCUCUGCCCGACUUCCCAUCCUCGUGUUCAAUUUCCAGGCUUUCUAUUUUUGAGAACCAUUUCUCAGGUUCUUUGCCAGUUACCCUCGGCAAUUGUCACAACCUUACUACAUUCUAUGCAUCAUCUGCUCAUCUCGGAGGAGUUAUUUCCCCAGAGGUCUUUAGGGGCCUUUCAAAUCUCCAAUCUCUAUAUUUAGAUGAUAACCACUUUGAAGGGGAAAUUCCCGAGACCUUAUGGAAUGAGAGAUUAGAAAAGUUAGUUCUUUCCUUGAAUAAGUUUAAUGGAAGCAUAUCCGAAAAGAUUGGUGGUUGUCCUCAGAUAAAUUACAUUGAUUUGUCAGUUAACAAAUUAACUGGUCAGAUUCCCAGGUCGGUUGGGCGUCUGAAGAAUUUGAACAAGCUUCUUUUGUAUGCUAACAUGCUUAGUGGUUCAUUACCAGCAGAAUUUGGAAACUGCACUUCUCUUGAUGAAAUCAAUCUGUUCAAUAACUUCAUCGGUGGGGAAAUUCCUCAAGAGCUCUGCAAUCUUCAUGCCUUGAUAAAAUUUAAUGUGUACGAAAAUCAAAUUCAGGGCCCUAUUUCAGAAUGCAUAGGGAGAAUGAGUGGAGUGGAGGAGCUAGGCCUUUAUCGGAACCGAUUGACUGGCAGGAUACCACCUGGAAUUACAAAUAUGACGAAACUUGCAUAUCUUGGUUUGGCUCAGAAUAACCUUACCGGGGAGGUACCACCUGAUCUCGGAAAAAAUAAUUUCCCUGGCUUAGUUAGGGUUGAUUUAGGUUACAAUAACUUCAGCGGACAGAUUCCUUCCGAACUAUGCAAUGGCAACAGGCUUGCAGUCCUGGUUCUUGAAAACAACAGUUUCAGUGGCAGCUUCCCAGCAUAUCUAGCAAAAUGCAAAUCUGUAUAUAGGGUAAAACUUCUCAACAACAAUCUGCAGGGGAGUAUUCCUGACGACAUUGAAAAGAAUGAGAACAUUUCUUACUUGAAUGUUCGAGGAAAUAUGCUUGCAGGAAGGAUUCCAGCAGCAUUUGGUUAUUGGACCAAUCUUUCAACAGUUGAUCUUUCAGAAAAUAUGUUUUCUGGCUCCAUACCUGCCGAAUUUGGGAAGCUGCAAAAUCUUGAAAGACUGAGCAUUUCUUCAAACAGACUGACAGGACAAAUUCCUCUUCAGUUGAGUUACUCUGCAAAACUGGAAGAGUUGGAUCUCAGCAACAACAGUCUUUCCGGAAGAAUUCCAAAAGAAAUUGCAUCAUCUUCAGUAUUGACAAAACUUCUACUCCAGGACAACAAACUUUCUGGUACUCUUCCAGACACUUUCUCCUCCUCACAAAAGCUUGUAAAGCUGCAGCUUGGGGACAACUUGCUCGAAGGCCCAAUUCCAUGCAGUCUGAGUAAACUUAGGCAACCUAAUUUUGCACUCAAUGUGAGCAUGAAUAAGCUCAGUGGUCAAAUUCCUAGGUGUCUGAGCAAUCUAGACAACUUAGAAAUCCUUGAUAUAUCAAGCAACAACUUGUCUGGUGCAAUACCAUCAGAAAUGGACAAGAUGAGGUCCCUUUCGACUCUCAACAUAUCAUUUAAUAGCUUGUCAGGGAAGAUACCCAAUACAUGGGAAAAACUAUUACGUUCACAUCCAGGAUCAGCCCUGGGAAAUCCAGGACUCUGCUUACCAGGAAUGGAAGGUAGUAACUGCAAGCAUGUGACAAAAUCACAUUUGAAAUGGAAGAUUUUAGCUGGUAUAAUCAGUGGAUGUGUGCUUUCCAUGGCAAUUAUAGUUACUGCAAUUUACUUAGUAGUGACUCGGUCCCUGCUGAAUAAGCAUCGGCUCGUCAAGUGUCUGUCUGGAAUUGAAGAUCUGCCUGAUCGUAUAAAUUUUGAGGACAUUGUACAUGCAACAGAAGGCUGGAGCGAAAAAUAUGUUAUUGGAAGAGGCAAGCAUGGAACUGUUUAUAAGAUGGUAUCUGCAAAAUCCAACAAGCUUUGGGCUGUCAAGAAGGUUGACUUAGCUCAGAGAGCAUUCAACGAUGAAAUGAGAAGCCUAAAUUCUGUCAGACAUCGCAAUUUGGUGAGAUUGGGAGGAUACUGCACCAGACAUGGAUAUGGAUUCAUUCUAACAGAAUUUAUCCCUGGAGGGACUCUUCAUGAUGUCCUUCACCAGAGAAAACCAUCUGUAGUCCUGGACUGGGAGUCCCGCCAUCGAAUUGCUCUUGGAAUCGCUCAAGGUCUGUCAUACCUUCAUCAUGAUUCGGUCCCUCAAAUCAUUCACAGAGAUCUCAAAUCAGAUAAUGUAAUGCUGGAUUCCGAGAUGGAGCCAAAGAUUGGAGACUUCGGGAUUGCUAAAAUACUAUCAGAUUCUGAUGAAAACUCGACAAACUCUAAAAUUGUUGGGACCCUCGGAUACAUUGCUCCAGAGAAUGCAUACUCAGUUCGAUUGACAGAGAAAAGUGAUGUCUAUAGCUAUGGAGUUCUUCUAUUGGAGCUCUUCUGCAGAAAAAUGCCAGUAGACCCCAGCUUUGAAGAAGGAUUAGACAUUGUUUUCUGGGUGAGGAAGAACUUGCAGAGAAGCAACAAUUUCCUUUGUUUUCUUGAUGAAGAAAUUAGUCUCUGGGAUGUAGAAGAACAAUGGAAGGCCCUGAAAAUAGUGGAUUUGGCGCUUCAAUGUGCUCAACUCGAGGCAAGCACCAGGCCAGCAAUGAGGGAUGUAGUAAGGUCUCUUGUCGAGUUAAAUCAUAGAUGUAAAGUGAAGAAAUGAAGCUUUUAGCUGUGAAAACCGUGUUCAUAGUUUCGAAAUUCCAAUAUAAUCAUGUUCCUGGUUGAUUCAGUUUAACUUUCUGAAAUCUAAUGCAACAACAUAGACUAAAAA